AUGGCGGCGGCUUCCCCGACCUCCACUAGCUCUAGCGGAAAACAUGUGACUCUAGCCGACAUUGGGGCUGAAUUGGCUACCAUGAUUGUCACCAAAGAUGACCUCCAGCAAGUAUCUACCACCUUACAUGCCACGCUAAAAUCAGAAGUCGCAGGAUUAAAGGCAGACUUUGCAGAUCAUGAAGCCAGCCUAACCUGGGUGGAGCAGCGCACGGAAGCUGUAGAGCAGCAGGCUAGGGCCUCAGACACGGCAAUCCAAAGGCAGCGACAACUUGAAGACCUCGACAAUAGAGACCACCGCAGUAACAUAAGGAUCCAUGGAGUUCCAGAGGCUGAUGGCGAUGGAGCAAGCAUUGCAGAAAUACUCACCCAGCUCUUCCAAAUCAUCCUCUGUGAUGAUGCUCCAGACCACUUCCGAUUUGAAUGGACCCAUCGUGCUUUCAGACCGUGGAGUGCUGAAGGAGGCCCGCGGGACAUAAUAUGUUGUCUGUACUCCUUCCCCUUAAAGGAGCAAAUCAUGCAGAAGGCUCACAACCUGCUCUCACUGGAACUACAGGGGUACCGAAGUUGCCCUUUACAGAGAUCUGUCACCAAUGACUUGAUGCCAGGCGAGCUCUUAGACCGAUAACUACUACAUUAUGGGAAAGGAACAUUCCUUACAAGUGGGGCUUCCCCUUCAGCAUCAAUGUUCGCCACCAUAUCGAGCUGAUCUCAGCACGGAGCCCUGAAGAGGUCCCCUUGCUUCUACAAAGGCUGGAGCUGCCCACUAUUGCAAUACAGAACCAGAUUCUUCACCCCGUGGAGCUCAGGCCGCUGCCGCAAAGACCACCUUGCCGCCGGGGCAGGGACCCGACAGGAGCGGGCCUGCCAAGUUGGAGACCGGAUCUGACCCAGUCAGAGGAGUACCAUCCACCAUACAGCAUACAGACUGGGCCCAGCACGGAUGUCUCUACCCGCUGGUGCCUACACUGCCGCAACUUCGACCUUCAUACCCGGAUGGGUGACUACCCGCAUUGUGCAGACCUCCAGAGGCUUCUUCUCUUGCAGAUGAAACAGACAAAACUCAGGUACAGGGGAACUCUGACCGACACAGUUACCAUGACCCCACAUAGACUGCUUUGA